AGCCUCUCUGGAGCAGAAGAGAGAGAUCCCUCUUUUUCUCCUUCAGUGGCAUGAAUAAUAUCCCCAGUGCUGGAGAGAGAGCAUAUCAAGAGGCAAACGGGAAGGGGAGAGAGAUAGCAGCCAGUUUGACAGAUAAGAGCGUGGCAGAACUUGUCUCCCUGACUGCACCGUGGGCCGGGGAAAGAGAGCAAGUGCACCAGAGUGUAAGGCAAGGCUGCUGCCUGCACACACUCAAACACACUCACACACACAUACACACACAGACCCCUCAGCUUGGCUUCACCAGAGGAAGUUCAGAGAGAAGACUGACCUCAAGAAGGUGGGUUGGCGGAAGUUUCGUGUGGAUUCACUUGAGUAUUAUGGCUUUCCUCAAACUGAGGCUUCUUGUCCUGUAGAGGAGUUGUGUGUUUCCCCUCUAGAAGAACUUGUCUCGUGUUACCAGCCUGAGGGAGGAUGGAGAAGCUGUCAGGGAAGGACAAGGAGCUGAUAAGAGGCAGCUGGGAGAGCCUGGGCAAGAACAAAGUUCCACAUGGUGUCAUCAUGUUUUCCAGACUGUUUGAGCUGGACCCUGCGCUGCUCAGUCUUUUCCACUACAGUACAAACUGUGGCUCCACACAAGACUGCCUCUCCAGCCCUGAGUUCCUGGAACAUGUCACCAAGGUGAUGCUUGUGAUCGAUGCAGCAGUCAGCCACCUGGAUGACCUUCACUCCUUGGAGGACUUUCUCCUCAACCUUGGGAGGAAGCAUCAGGCAGUGGGAGUCAACACACAGUCAUUUGCUGUGGUGGGUGAGUCCCUUCUCUACAUGCUGCAGUGCAGUCUGGGCCAGGCCUACACGGCGCCGCUGCGUCAAGCCUGGCUCAACAUGUACAGCAUCGUGGUAGCCGCCAUGAGCCGAGGGUGGGCCAAGAACGGCGAGGACAAGGCCGACUGAGGCGCGCAGCAGGAGCUGCUGAGCAGUUGCUGUCAAAUCACUCAACAUGGUUGCCAUGGAAUAAGGUUUUGUAACUUGCAGCAUUGAGGCUUUGGCUGCUGUACAUUUGCUCUGUGAGUGGGGUCGCAUAGCGUAGCGAAUGUAAGGUGUGGUUACACUUUACAAUUGGAUCAACCAAUCGCAGAGUUUAUUUUCUUUGCUGUGGAUGUUUAGCUACCAGAUGAUGCUGUGAGGAUCUGAGCCAGCCUGGUUUGGUUCAUCUGAGUUUGGACCUGUAAUCUGAGCUCCUCACACUGAGAAAAAGGAAAACAGUUUAGUCUCUUUGUAUAUAAUGGCUUUGAUAUAUAUACUCAAAUGAUACCAGUGACUGUAGUGGUCUUUGUGAUGUAUCUUAAAAGAGUUGAACAAUUGUGAAGCAGUAGAUAUUAUAUUUAGGCAUCACACACUACUCAAACUGUGAUGGUUACUGUGGCCAGCACGGCAGCUCUCUAUCAAACUGGAACACAGUGAUACUUUACAAUACAUGUUCAAACUUUUGGGACAAAGCAAUGUGACCUUAAAAAAGGAAAAUCCCAUCACCUUAUUCACAAUCAUUACUGUGUUUGUUUUUUUGUUUUUUAAAUCAAUAUUGCACAUCACUAAACCUCUUUUUGUGUGUGACUUUGUUAUCAAACAUUUAACAUAUUGAUGAUAAACAAAGCAAAUUUAAAAAAUGAUCUUCAAUAGAUAAUGACAAGAACUGUUAUACUCUCUGAUAGCUUUCUUCAGUGAUCUAUGACUGUUAAUAAGGCGUCCAUGUGCACCUCGCUCAACAUGGUGUGCGAUGCUCUCCCCUGUAGAGGUUGAGAGGAUUUCAAUAGGCUUCAGCUGACUGUUAAACUCUCACGAAUAGACUGUUAUGUGACCUUUAGAGUUUAAAAGUAAAGGGCACCUAGGAGGAAUUAUAACAUCUUUGUUCCUUGACUCUCAGUUUCCAGUCAUUGUCAGUGUAAAGUAGUUUUGUUGUACUGUAGUCGCUUAUAUCCGUGAUGAUUAUUAACUGUGUUGUUGUGGCUACAAACGUAGUAUUACCUCGGCUUUAGAGGUGAAGAUAAGCAGAGUGGCCUGUGUUCCUCCAGCACAGAGCGUCUACAUGGAUUUGUUUUGGAUUAUGAAACAGCGACUAACUUAAUUGAUGACGAUUAUCUUCUCAAUUUAUGAACACAAAACAAAUCAUACAGAAAUACUGUGUGCUUACACCAUCCAAUCUGUGCGUAUUAUUACUGCUGCCAUAACACUGUAUUUAUCAUCCUCAGCUGUUAUUUACAUUCAUGAUCCUAAUGCCAAGUAACUUAGCAACAGUGCGCCAAGUAUUAGAUAAUAACACCAUACAACUGUAAAUCCAAGCUGCUGAUAUGUGGUUAUUAUCGCUUUAGUCUGAGUUUACAUUUAUAAAGUUUAUUUUUAUAUUCUGAAAUGUUUGUUUAGCUAAAGAGCAUUGAUUUUUUUGUUUAUUCCAAAUGUGAUGUACAGUAUAUCCUCCAGAAAUAUAACCUUAUGUGGAUUUCCUGUUAAUGAACCCAAUACAAGAAGACUAAUAGGCAAAUUUGCUACUUUUAAGUGGGUUUCAUUGAAUCAAUAUAAUAGAAAUAUUAUCAACUUCUAUAUGUGCAAUCCUUACAGAUAAUUAUAAAAGUUUUCUAUUGAACUAUUUUAUCCCUGCAUAGUCUGUUCAGUCUGUACUUUCCAGCCCACAGGUGUAAUGUUUGUUAACCGUCUGUGUAGGUGGUGUAUUAUUUAUAGUGAUUCUUUUCUUAGUAUCAGUACACAGCCCUAUGCAGGUUGUUGUUCUCCAUGUCUCUGUUUUCACUUUACCUGACAUUAGGUCUUUUUAGCAGGCAUGACUGACAACUGGCAUGUUAUCCCGUUAACAUCCAACUCUGUACAUAUUGGGUGUGUCACUGUCUACCUCAUCAUUAUCAGCUGCUACUGAACAGCGAUAACUUCACCUAGUUAUCCUUCAACCAAAAAAAAAAAAAGGCACAUUAUUAGUUAAUACAAGCACGCAAUCUUUGUAAACUGGAUUACAUCCUACAAUUUAAAGGAAAACAUGUUGUGUGCUUACUGGAGACUAAAUAAAGUGAUCUUCUGUGGAUAUUUUACUGUUCAACGAGGUCAGUGUGUUUUCCUCUUGCUCUCAGAUUGUUUGUCACAGACUGAUGAUGGUUACAACACAAUGGUCAGCGUUUGAAAUCA